AUGGCUCGUGAUGCGCCGACGCUGAUGUACAGUUACGUAGCCUUUGGCGACGAUUCGUCUCGCGGUGGCCUGACUACUGGUGACUGGAGCGAGGUCGAAAGGGCGGCAGGGCUGGAAGCGCCAGCAGAAGAAGCCUUGAACAAGCCGGCAGACUUCAUCUAUCAGCCCCACGUCACACAAGCUCAGUUCAUCUUUUACCGCUACCAAGUCGUCAUUGACUACUAUGACCAGCUCGAAUAUCAGCUGCAUCGCAUAAUCCAGGAAGCCUUCUGGACGUUCCAACUCGUGGAAGACAGCCAGGAGUUGUACCAUCUCCUGUUCGACGAGGAAUACGGUAUCUCCUCCAGCGACGAAGAAGAACCUUUCUGA